ACUGUUGUAAUUAACACUGAAUGUCUCAAAAUGGCAAUUACAGGAUUUGUGUGUGCCACUGAACGCUGCUGUGUCCCAGGCCCUGGCGAAGUGGCGGGUCGGGCCUUUCUGUUACUGACACUUUUGCUGCAAAGAGCUUUGCUUGGCCAGGCAACCUUUUGCUCGCUGCGCUCACUUCCCCUCCCCGGAAGAGACAGCCACAUGCAACACCUAUAAGUGCUCCCUCCGGGGGGAGACCCAGGAGCGAUGCCGCUGAUCGUGCUAUGUGGGCUGCCGGGGAGCGGCAAGAGCAGGCGAGCUGAAGAGCUGCGGGAAGCGCUGAGUGCCGAGAGCGGUGGCGAACGGCGGGUGUUCCUGGUGGCUGAAGUUGCGGCCGGGGAAGGCGGUGGCGGCGGCAGGGCUGCGUUGCGGGCGGAGGCCGAGCGGCUGCUGAGCCGACGGGACGUGGUGAUCGUGGACGCGGGCAACGAGCUGAAGAGCUUCCGCUAUGAGCUGUACUGCCUUAGCAAGCACACGGGGACCCCGCAUUGCCUCCUGCUGUGCCCCGGCGGCGCUCCCCGCCCCGACCGGCCUCCCUUGGAGGCGCCGGACUCGCGCAACCGCUGGGACUGGCCUCUCUUCACCGCUCCCGAAGACCCCUCGGAGCCGCUGCCCCUGCCGGAGAUCCGCGCCGCCCUCUUUGAGCGCCGCCCGCCGCCCCCCAACCAGUCCACGCGUUCCCAGCCCCUCCAAGCCGCUGGGUUUCUCCACCAGCUCGACCGCCUCACUCAGGACAUGGUGGCCGCCCUCAUGGCCGCGCAGAGGAAUGGCGUAGGGCCCGGCCAGGUCAUCCCAUUGGCCGUCGAGGGCCUGGGCCAAGAACCUCCGGGGUUGCUGCUGAGCCGGGCUGUCAGCCUCGCCGAACUAAGCCGGCUCCGUAGACAGUUCCUCAGCUAUGCCAAGAUGCAUCCUGGAGAAGGAGAAGAAAAUCUGCCCCAGCUGGGCAGCAUGUUCGUACAGUACUUGAACAGCAACCUGCUGUGAGGAGGCAUCUCCCCCCCCCAGGAUCCUGGGGCCAGACCUAUUCUGUUUAGCCGGCUAUUUGCUUUAUACACAUGGAGCAACUGGGUCAUUCACCAGCUUGCAACACAACCACAAGCACAAAUUUGGGAACUUGGAUCAGUGAAUUAUCAGUUUCUUCAUAAACUUCAUAAAUUGAGAAAAAUGGCAAUGACUUAACAGGGUGCUGUGGCUGUCCUUUAUGUAUACAAGAACACUGUAGCAGAAGCUGAAUACCACCAAUAAAUAUAGCCAACAGCCUCUUUCCUUUAAACAAUAUAUAUAUUGGCUUGAUUGAUGUUUGUAACUGACCUGCCCUAAUGUAUGGUUGUGAUUGAGAAGCAUUUAGAUGUUGACCUAUUAAUAAAUAGGGAGUCUGAUAAAUAGCUAUUCUGGUUUGAAAUAUGCACUGGAAGAAAACACGUCACUGUAUUUUAUUAUGUUUAUUUUCCUUAUUACCCACUUUUCUCACUUAGAUGCAAGGUCUUGAGCAGAGAGCAAAGUAGGAAACAGCUGCAUCGACAUCUGUUGAGCAUCUAGAGUGGAGCAGUUACAUAUUCCUGAACACUUAAAAGACUUUUUAAUGGGCAAAUAAGCUAGAACAAGGAAAUUCCAGAAUAGAAUCACAUGGUAUUGAAUCUGUUUUUCCCAAAAGGAAAACAUUCCAAAAUUAAAAUGGAUGCACACAUUCUGGAAGAAGUUUACAUUUUUCCUUUAGUCAGUAUUGUGGCUCAUUGAAUAAAACUGUUUCUAAACAGACCUGCCUUUCUUUCCAGGGUAAACAGAUUGGGCACUAAUCUUAGCAGUGGGCAGUCUAUGUAACUGCAUUCUAUGUAACUAUUAUAAUUCCUCUGCUAGUGAUGUUUUUCAUCAAAUCAUUUUGUUAAUAUGUUCUCUGAGCUUUCAUGAGAAAACAUAAGAUCAAGAAGUCUGUAAAUAAGGGACAUGAUGAAGAUACAGGAAAUGGGAAGGAUUAAGGGAAUUACUUUAUGUAUUUACACAAAAGGAAGACAAUGAUGACUGUGACAGUCCUCCUAAAAUUUUAUGUAAAAGGUUUACCAUAUAAUUGUAAUUUGUAUGCUUAUUUAAGAUGGACCCCUCAUUUUCUUGAAGGAAAUAAACUAGAUUUUCAUUCUGCUAAA